GAAAACGACGCCUCGCAUCUGCCUUCUUCUUUGUUCUCGUUGCCUGCUUGGCUCGCUGCUCUCUCUAUCAGUCUCUCCUUUCUUUGAUUUUGGGUUUUUGUUUCUUUCACUGUCGGUGCAUUUGGGCUUCGUUCUUGGACUAUUCUCUGCUUUGACUUGUUUUUUUUUUUCGUUAUGUUCUCUCUCUCUCGCUCUGGGUUCAUUGUUCGUAUGCUGAAACGCCAUUUUAUUGAUGGAUGUAGUGGCUUUGUGAGUAUGCAGUUGUCAUGUUACAGGUGACUGUUUGUCAGAAGUGUGGUGUCACUGGUUUCCCUGAGUGUCUAAUAUACUGUUCCAAGUGUCAGUUUUCUGCAGAACAUCGCUACUGCUUGGACAAACUGCCAGAACCUGAUGAUGAGAAUGUUACUUGGAUAUGUGAGGAAUGUAUGCCAAAGAACGCUGAGAAGUCUUUUUCCAAGAAGUUUGAGUCUUCCCAGGUAGGGAAUGAUUCCCCCCUCUCGAGUGAGGAGAAACAAAGUUUGCAUGCUUGUGGUGCGAAUAGCAAUGGAGAUCUUAAGUUCAAAAAACAGAGAAGAAGAUUAAUUGUGGAUGAUGAAGACAACUCUAUUGAAGUAAAAAAUUCUCAAUUAGCUCUGGAUUCUGAAAAGGGCGUUAAAGUUGAUAUCAGAACUUCCGAAGUUAAUCUGUAUCCUGAAGAGGCUGUUGUUAAACUCAGAACUUCCCAAGUUGCCCCAGAAAGCUGCCAGCAGUCAUUUUCAGAAUAUGGACCUGCACAACCAAUCAUCAGUCCUGUUUGGAGGGGAUCUUUCCACAUCUCUAAUAAGAAAUAUGAUGGAAUUCCAUGUCUUGUGGGACAUGUAUCCAGUAAGGCAUGCUCAAAAGUGAGUGACAAGGUGAAUGCACUACAACCAUUGCUUGGUUUAGAAAUGCUGCCAAAGCUUGAUGUGUGGCCUCCAAGAUUUUGCAAGUCGCCACCUACUGAUGACAAUAUCGCUCUCUAUUUUUUUCCAGAAAAAGAAAGAGAUAAGCCACAGUUCGAGGACUUGCUGUUUCACUUAAUUGAGCAUGAUUUUGCACUGAAGGCAAUGCUUGGAGCUGUGGAGUUGUUGAUUUUCCCCUCGCUUGAAUUGCCACAGACAUGCCGGAGAUUUCUCGGGAAGUAUUUUCUUUGGGGCGUAUUUUGGCAAAAAUCAGUUUCAGUUGUCAUUGAAAUGUCAACCAAGGAUAUUGGUAGAGCAGAGGGGAGAGAUCCCACCAAGACCCAGAGUAGGCAAAGUCCUCUUAGAUCUACAUUUGAACUCCCCUAUUCGCACGGCGACAGUUUCACCGUUCAGCCACCGACGAGAAGAGGUUAGUUCACAGAUCUGCAUUUGACUGUCUGUUUUUUCUUCCUUUUUUUUUUUUUUUUUUUAACUUGAAACCUCACAGAGAUCGAACUUUGAUUUUUCACCAAUGUUUAAAGCAUUUAGAAAAGUUUUUGGUUUAUGCAUCCAUGAAAAUUGUAAAGUUUGUUCUAUUGCACAAAAUUGUUGAUGAAAAAAUGAAGAAA